CAAUUACUCAAAAAUUACUUCUCCGUAUAUUAUUUUAUCAUUAAAUAAUCAAUCAAUGGGCAGUAUCAACGGAGUUUGGUCUAAAUGCAAAGCGGGUUGGACUCGUUUAAGGGAGGUCUCCAGUCUAACUCUGUCCAAAAAAUCGCCUCCUCCGCCGCCGCCGCCCGUAGAUUCUCAAAUUAUUGCUAGAUGGGCUGUCCGGGUCGAAUCCGGACGUUAUAAAUCGCCGCCGCCGGCGAUAGACUUACAAGACGGCCGGUCAAAUCCGGAGAUGUCAAGAAAGCUGAUAAAGGCAUGCGAGGAGUGGGGCUGCUUCAGGGUGUACAACCACCACAGCCUCCUCCCGCCGUCGCUCACGGCGGAGAUGAAAGAGGUGUCGAGAUCUCUGUUCGAUCUUCCGCCGGAGGCGAAGACGAAGAUCGGCUUUGUUCCUCCCUUCAGUGGGUAUUGGCGCUCAACUCCGGAGAAGCCGGAGAACCCACUCCGCGAAGCUUUUGGGCUUUAUGAUAUCUCAUCUCCACCAGAUGUUGAAGCCUUCUGUGCCCAGAUCCACGCCUCCGACCACCAGAGAGAGACUAUAGUGAAGUACGCAAAAGCAGUGCACGAAACGAUGAUGGAGAUUGCGAGGAGAUUGUGUGAAGGGUUGGGGGUGAAAGGGGAACUUUUUGAAGGAUGGCCGUGUGCUCUCAGAAUGUUUAAGUACAAUUUUACCCCGGAUAGCAUUGGCUCGUGCGCGCUGAAGACCCACACAGACACUGGAUUUCUUACUCUACUUGAAAACGAGGAGAGUGUGGGCGGGCUGGAAAUCAUGAACAACAAAUCAGGCGAAUUUGUCGCGGUUGAUCCCUGUCCUGGCACCAUCCUAAUUAACAUCGGAGACACGGCAGCACUUUGGAGCAAUGGGAGAUUUUGCAGUGUAAAGCAUAGGGUGAUGUGCAAGGAAGCAACAGAUCGGUUUUCUGUUGUUUCGGGCAUUUUGGGUCACGGAGAUUGUGUGAUACAACCGCCACCGGAGUUGAUAGAGCCGCCUCAUCUCCGGCGACUAUAUGUUCCCGUCACUUACAAUAGACUUAGAGAGCUCCGGCGAGACAACAAAAUGCAUGCUGGUGAAGUUCUUGAUCUUUUGCGAGCAUAGGAAGUUGAAGUGUUAGACCUUAUGGUGUUUGAGUACAAUUUUGAAUACAAUUUAUUUUUCUCUUCUCUUUAGGGGUGUAAACGGAUAUUAAUUGGAUCGAAUAUGUCAUUACCAAAUCUAUAUCCGUUUAUUUAAUUGGAUACUAAUUUGGAUACGGAUCUUGACGGAUAUUAAAAAUCAAAACAGUAUCCGCAU